CUUUGAAGAAAUGGCUGUUGAAUCAAGAGUUACACAAGAAGAAAUUAAGAAAGAACCCGAAAAGCCAGUCGAUAGAGAAAAGACUUGCCCCUUGUUGCUGCGGGUUUUCACCACGAACAAUGGCCGACACCACAGAAUGGACGAGUUUGCCCGAGGAAACGUCCCAUCAAGCGAGCUGCAGAUCUACACCUGGAUGGAUGCCACUUUGAAGGAGCUAACCAGCCUGGUGAAAGAGGUCUAUCCAGAAGCUCGAAAGAAAGGCACUCAUUUCGGCUUUGCCAUCGUCUACCCAGACCCAAAAAGACAAGGCUAUAGGGUGAAGGACAUCGGGAACACGGUGUCGGGCCGGAAGGGGGCGGACGACUCUAUGACGUUGCAGUCCCAGCGCUUUCAGAUAGGAGACUACCUGGACAUAGCCAUCACCCCACCCAACAGAGCCCCGCCCCUCAUGGGUCGAAUGAGGCCGUACUGACACCCGUAGAGCCACCCACCCCACACCUCUGCAGGCGCACACACACACACACACAUGCAUGCGCACACCUGCACACACAGGAAAAUGUGUGUAGUCGCUUUUUUUCCUCUUAAUUUUAUAUUGAAUUGUUUGAUAUAUUUGCCCCAUGUUUAAUUUUUGUCAGCUUUAAACACUGUUUGCUGUC